CCUCUGCGAGCCGCGGCAGGUGUAGGCGUUCGGGCUCCAGCAGGUCCUGGGAUGAAACCCGCCCUGGGUUGAGUCAGGAGCGGCUGUCACGAAAGGUGCCGGGAUCAGCCCGGCAGAAGAGGAGGCGGACACCCUUGACCCGGAUUCAGAAGGUCCAGCGAACAGGAAGUGAAGGACGUCGGAACCUCCGGAAAGGCCCGCCCCUCCGCUACUUCUCUCCUCCUUCCCCUCUCUCCCUCCUCCGCCCCCGCCCUCCUACCCACUCCGGGGCCCCGCUCGGAACCCCCCGCGGUCCUGCCUCCUCGCUGCCGCGCAGGCGCGGCAGCCCCGGUGGAGUCGCGCGGCGACACCGGCGUCACUGGGGAUCACGUAUGCUUCCUGUUCAAGUCUUCCUCCAGUUACAUGAGCUCCAGAGAGGUACCCCGUCCAGAAUGGGCUCUUGUCUAACACUUGGAAAUGAACUUUCCGAGGAGAUACAUGUGCUUACAAAGCAAAAGACCUUAUUGGAACUGCGUGCCCAGAUGGAGAACAAUGCGAAGCUGUUGUUUAACAAAGCCUCUGUUCAAGCAUGGCUGAUCUGUUAUGACAGUCAAACCUUAAUGUCAUCCUUCUGCCUCAUCACUUAUUAUGAGUUCUACUCUCUGAUGAUAUUAUCACUCCUAAACUGCUUGUGUGUAAUCUAUGGACAGAAUGGAAGCAUUCUUGACCUGGAUAUUGUCAUCUUUACGGAAGUCUUUGUGAUGUCUUCAUGCAAGCAAGUUCCGCGGAUAGGAAUGCCAGCCCUGCCCGAGCCCUGCACCCCGGCACUGCCUCCAGAGCCUGAGCUAGACUCCAACCCCAGCCUGCUGUGUGGUGGCAGACACCGUCAACGCUGGAGAGAAAGGUUUAUACAACAGAAAGAAUCACAGGAGUUUGCUCAUUUGCGAUGGCAAAAACCUGCAAUCUGUGCGGAAGUGAUUUCUGAGGAUGUCAGACCAAGAAGAGAGAAGCUUAAUUUUAGAUCAGGUUGAUUAUUUUGCAUUGGGUGUACUUGCCAGAGAUUCUGAGUUCAAUAUGCUCACUUGAGCAGCUCAGCAUAUUUGAUAGAAAUGUGGGAAUGGUAGCCAAUAGCUAUCAUACUCAUAGCCAUACCCACAGCCCUAGCCAAUGCUUAAGCUGUGAUGCCAGAAAUUUCUUGGGAUGAUGUAGAGAAAUGGAAGUAAAGAUAAGGAAAUAUUGGGGUAUCUUUACAAUGUGUAAAUCACACAUCUACAUCUAGUCAUGUCCCCCAAGUGAGACUAAAGUACCAUUCCUUCAGUGAGGCACUACCUUCAUCAAGAAAUAUAUAUAUAUAUCUGCUAAUCUCAAACUCCCAUUCCAUCCCUUCCCUACCCACCUCCCCCCAGCAACCACAAGUCUGUUCCCUAGGUCUGUGAGUAUGCUUUUGUUUUGUAGACAUGUUGAUUUGGAUUGUAUCUUAGAUUCCACAUAUAAGUGAUGUCAUAGGAUGUUUGUCUUUCUGAUGUGCUUCACUUGGUAAGAAAAUCUCUAGGUCCGUCCAUGCUGCUGCAGAUGAUGGAUAAACAACAAGGUCCUA